AUGGCAGUUAUGAGUCCACAACUAUCAGUAAACACGCAGUCGAGCGAGCUGAAGUCCGAAGCGGCCGCUCCUGCUCUCGCUUCGGCGGUGGACGGGAGCGCCGCCUCGGAAGGGGCGAUGGCGAUGGACUUGGAUAUUAACGGGUGAGUUUGCCCUGUCCCUGUCUGCUGUUUGUCGCUGCUUCCUCUCCUUCUACUACCUUGUACCGUCGUUCUAUCUCGCAAUGCAUCUCCUCGACUAGCGUCUUGAGUGAGGAUCGUGUGGCUGAGACGAUGUAUGGAUCCAAUCAUGUCGCACAAAUUUUGUUCUCCAGCUCCAUCGUUUCUUGUACCUUUUUUUUUUCUAUUUAUUUUUAUUUUUAUUAUUACCUUGUAUUUACCAUUAUUAUGUUCCUCUAGUUCCAUCAAACAAGAUGAUAGUACCUCGCCUCAAUUUGAUCCAUCGUCUCCGAAGGAUGACCACGUCAGCAACGGAUUACGCACGCCGUUUGUGAACGGAAGCGCCCCGGAUGCGAAGAUAAAUGCGCCUCCUUCGCCCCCCAUCCCCACCCCACCACUGCACUCUGAUAACACACAUGACCUUUCUGAUCUGCAUAUCACGUCACCCGCUGGCUUGCCUGGAUCUACAGUUAUGUCAUUCCAGGGGGGCGUUGGAUUGGAGGAUAAGGAAAGGCCGGCCGGAGAGCCAAUGGACCAAGAUGUAUCUGGGGAUAAUGUCAAGGAUGAUAAGUCUGAUGAGAAGUCUAAUCAAGGGAAGGAUGUCGGCUCCAAUCGGUCGGAACCACCUCAGAAGGAAUCGUCGGGCUCUAUGGCUGAUUCCUCUCAUGGCACCACUACCGAUAGAACUAUGACGGAUGCGCCUACCCUCAAAGCUUCACGUAGCCGAGAUGACGACGACGGUGAAGGCCCUCCAUUGAAGCGAGCUAAAACGGAGGAGGAAAUGGAUGUUGUUUCCCCAACGACCGCUGCGGCUUAUAAUUCCGCCGCCCCGUUGACGGAGACACAAAUUAAAUUUCUCCUGGGGGUGAUUCGGAGUUUACGGCGGACCAAGGAUGCCCGUCCUUUUACGAUGCCGGUUGACCCUAUAAAGCUCAACGUUCCUAGUUACUUUGAAGUUAUUACCAACCCAAUGGAUCUUCACACUAUGGAGAAGAAGCUGAACAAUAAGGAAUACUCGUCGUCGCGUGACUUUUUAGCCGACUUCAACCUAAUUCUCACGAAUUGUGUCACUUUUAAUGGCCGCGAGCACCCGGUGGCCGAAAGUGGACGGGUUAUGAAAGCUGUGUUUGAGAACCAUAUGGCAGGGUUUCCAUCAGCUGACUUUAUCGAGCCUCAGAAGUCGAAAUCAAGCAAAAAGAAGGGUGGGGGAAUCGCUGCUAUCAAAGCUGCUGCGCCUAAACUGCCAAAGCCGGUAGCGCCUGCCCCACAAGCGAUUAAAGCGACACAGACUAAGAAGGAAUCGAAACGUCCUGCUCCGGCUGCAGCUGUUACAGCUGCCUCCCCUACAUUUGGUCUCCAACCGUCCGGUAUCCCCCAGAUCCGCCGAGAUUCUACUGCAAAUGACAGGCCCAAGAGGGAGAUACACCCACCAGCGCCUAAGGAUUUGCCAUAUUCUGAUGUCAAACCUCGACGCAAGAAGACCGCAUCGGAACUCAGAUUCUGUGAUAUCGUUCUCAAGGAACUUCACAAGAAGCAGUAUCAUGAUAUGGCAUUUCCGUUUUAUGUGCCAGUGGACCCUGUAGCAUUGAACAUACCUGAUUACUUUAAGAUCAUCAAGAAGCCUAUGGAUCUGAGCACGAUUUCGACGAAGUUGAAAACGAAUCAGUAUGACAGCGCUAGUGAUUUCGAAGCCGAUAUUCGCUUAAUGUUUUCCAAUUGCUACAAAUUCAACCCUUCGGACCAGCACGUUCACAAGUGUGGGAAGGCUUUAGAAAAUGUUUUUGAUCAGAAGUGGGCCGAAAAGGCUUCCUACACUCGGGAUAAUCCGGGCAGCCAUUCUCCAGUUUCUGUUUCGCCCCCCGUGGAAGAUGAAGAUGAGGAUAUGAGCGGGGAAGAGAGCGAGGACCAGGAGCAAAACAUCCGUAUGCUCGAACAGCAGCUCGAAGCGAUGAAAGAUCAGAUAUCAGCGAUGAAGAAUGGGCAAAAGAAGAAAAAGACUCCUCCUGCUACCUCUACCAAAAAGUCGAAAGGGGGUUCUUCCCGAAAAGGCUCAUUAGUAUCUGCCGCCCCUCCGCCUAAUCCCUCUAGACCCAAGAAGGGAAAAAAGGAAAAGAAGGUUCCUUACAUUACCAUGGAGCAAAAGACGGAACUUUCGGAAAGGAUAAAUUUUUUGCCAACCGGAAAGAUGGCUUAUGCUCUUAAGAUGAUUAGAGAGAAUAUGCCCGAUCUGGGUAAUGUGUGUACCUAUAUCUAUCCGUACUAUUCUUAUUGUUGCUAACGUGCACUAGACAGCUGAUGAUGAGAUUGAGCUCGAUAUUGAUGAGCUAGACCCCCAAACGCUGUACAAGCUUCAUACAUAUGUUACCAGACAUGCGGAGAAGAAGCCCAGCGGAUAUAUUCCACCACCGCCCCCUCCUGCACCAGUCACAGAACCAAAGUCGAAGUCCAAAAGUCUCCCGAAAUCCAAGAAGAACAAACCUAUGUCUGCUGUGGAACAGGAAGCCAAGAUCAAGAACAUUCAGGCUAAGCUUCAUAACUUUGAUAAUCCGACCCCACAGCCAUCUAACUCUGGUAUUUUAAACCCCUUCCCCCAGCAUUGCAUGGCACGUUGAAGGAUCAAUAUGGCUAACCAUGAAUCUAGCUGCCCAUGGUGAUGAUAGCGACUCGAGUGAUGACGAUGACGAGAGCUCGUGUUCGGAGAGCGAAGAAGAGUAGACCCCUGCUCUGGUUAAAAAAAAACACCCUUUGCAACAAAAGCUAUUAUUUUCGAAAAAAACUUAAUUGCUUGGGUCAUUUCAAACAGUGUGAGGGCGGGGGGUAGGUGGCAUAAAAAAAGUGCAAGUUCUAUUGUUAAGUUAUUAUUCAUGUACCCGUCUGACAAAAAGAACAUGGCUCAUUGUUCAUUUUUGUUUUCGGGGGAGAGUAACUUGCUUGUGCUGUGAACCGGCGUCUGGGGAUGUGGGCGUAAGGGGAUAAGUGCGGGGUUUGUUUUAGGAGGAGAGGGGCGGAAUGUUGUCCUAUGAGAGACGUGGCAUGGACGGAAGGUUGCAGUUUUUUUUUUUUACAAUGGCGGGGUUGUCGGCGGCAUCUUGGCUUUUUUCAAUUUUUUUUCAUUGAUUGCUGACUGGCUGACACUUCCAUUCUAACUUGACUAACUUAAUGACCUUUCUUCAUCUUUGCUUUUCUCUCUUUUCUUUUAAAAACAUACUUGAGCUUCUUUGUUCCUGCCCCUCAACCUUUACAUUUUACUUCUUGUAUCUUUACAUGUUUUAUCGGCACAGGGGGUGUUUUUUUUUCUCUUUUCCUUUUCUUUUCUUUCCUUUCUCUCUCUUCCCUUCUUUCCUGAACAUAUUCAUUCGGGUCCUUUGUGAG